AGAGUCACCUCUCUCGCAUUAUAGGAAAUUACCAUUGGCCACAUUUAAAUAAGAUUCAGAUCAGCCAUUAAGAUUUCAGUGGGAGGAGAGAGAGAGAGAGAGAGGACUGCCUGUUACUUUGGGUUGUGGCAGAGAGAGCCAGAGAGAAAGGUUCUGUGUGUGGAUCUGCAUCGUGUGGCGAGAAACAUCUUAGUCUUAGAAGCCCUCGGGUCAAGAUUGGGGCAGUUGGUGGGGUCCAGAAGGAGAACAAUACAGGGGGGAGGGUGUGGGAGAGGGGGGUGAGAUGGAGAGUUUUAAUGUUAGAGAAGACUUCAGUCAGGACCUGUCCAUCAACGCUGGUCCUUUGCUGGAGGGGAGUGAGGACAGUGACUCCACCACCCAGAAGGUUGACUCCUCGCAAAAGCCGCCUUACUCUUACGUGGCCCUGAUAGCGAUGGCCAUCAAGGACAGUCCGGACAAGAGGCUGACCCUCAAUGGGAUCUACCAGUACAUCGUGGCCAAGUUUCCUUACUACGAGAAGAACAAGAAAGGCUGGCAAAACAGCAUCAGGCACAACCUGAGCCUCAACGAGUGCUUUGUCAAGGUGCCCAGAGAAGGGGCAGGAGAGAGAAAGGGCAACUAUUGGACACUGGACCCUGCUUUCGAGGACAUGUUCGACAAAGGCAACUACAGAAGGAGAAAGAGGGUCAAGAGACCUUACAGAGCCUCCAGCUCCCUCUUCCCCCCCGGAAAACCCUGCAUGGGUUACUCAGACCAAUUUUACUACCAGUCCCCCAAGUACCUCCAAUCUCCCUUUGUGCCCACUUCCUGGUCGAUGGGGCAAGGACAACCCAACCGAAGUAUGACCUUCCACCAGACCUGCCAGGCGGCCAAUGGCAAUGUCAGCCCGGUACAGAUGAACGGACUGGGAUCUUCUUACAGCGCUUACAGUCGGAUGCAAAGCUUGCCCUUGAUGAGGGGGGCUACCAGCUCUUAUAACGGGGUCGGCCAGCAGUUAGGUGGGGGGGUCCACCCACCAGCCAACGAAUAUCAACUGCCCUGUGCCCGACCACCAGAGUUAUCUGUCGUGCGCUAUUGGGAACAUGGACCAUUUCCUAGCAGAAUGGACCUGUGAGAAAAACUCCUACCCAACAAGACUACAACCCAAAACUACUUUUUUUUUCCCC